AUGGAUGUUCAAGCUAUGCACUCUGAGUUGGUCGAGGAGCUUCAGGAAUGGAGUCGUGGGGAGACCUUAGAUGAGGCUCACACAUUGAUGGUGCUUACUCCCGAAGGAGUGGAGAUAGGCCAAAUAGAACACACCCUAGAGAGUGUUAAAGCUUUGGGUCGAGUCCGGGUGAGAGGCCGGAGGUACAACAAAGCGCUUGAUAGGCUAACUGUCCUGUGUGAAACCAAAGAGAAAGUAGAUGCCACAAGAAUCCCACCUGAAGUGUAUCCUAUGGGGGCUGGAGAGCCUUGGUCCAUCAUAGUGAUAGCUGAAGCUUCGCCUCGGGAGGGUUUUUCCCAGAGUAAAUCGAAACACGGGGCUGAGGCACAGGAGAAUGGUAACUCUGCGGAGUCGAUAAUCCGUGCUGUGGGCGAUUUGUUGGCAAAGAUGGAGAGACCCUCCAGUGAAGCCAGUAGUUAUCGUAGACUCAGAAUGUUCUCAGGCACAGUACCAACCCCGGUUGGAGAAGAGACAUUCGAACAGUGGGUUGAACAAGCACACCUAAUGGUGGAGGAGAGUGACAGUUCUGCUAAAGAAAAGAGGCGCAGAAUUAUUGAGAGUCUUGAAGGUCCAGCACUAGCUGUGGUAAAAGCUGUGAGGACAGCUGACCCUGAUAUUAGCCCAGAACAAUGUCUAGAAGCUGUUGCGAAAGCUUUUGGCAGUGCUGAGACGGGUGAGGAUUUGUACUUUGCUUUUCGGUUACUACAACAGCAACCGCAGGAAAAACUAUCCGACUUUCUGAGGCGAUUAGAGCAGUCGCUGAGUAGGGUAGUGAGUCAUGGCGGUAUUGAAGCCCACCGUGUUGAUAGAGCCAGAGUAGAACAGCUCCUCAGGGGUGCCGUGUACUCCGACAUGAUGUUAGUGCAACUCAAGCUAAGAGACAGGAAAGAAACCCCACCCAGUUUUGUAGAGCUCUUAAGUGAGAUCAGAAGUGAAGAGGAGUAUGAAGCCUCCCGGGCUAAAUUGCAUCUGGUAGCACAUAAAGUCCAAGCACAAUCGGAACAGGAAAACAGACAGACUGAAAUUCAGAAUCUGAAAACUGAGAUUAGAGAACUGAAGUCUAUGGUUUCAUCUGUGGUAAACCAGUCAUGCCCCGCAACAAGAGAAGUUGCCGAGCCUGUUCACACAAGCAAGACUGACGGGGUAGAGACUUCAGCAGAUGGUGAAGUGGUCGCGCUGAGAAAACGGGUUAAAAGGUUGCAGCAGAAGCUGGAUGCUAGAGAGCAAAGGUCUGUUGUGUCCUCUCCAGUUUUGAGAGUGGAGCCGUCCAGGUCUGAUCAGAACUCUGCACGGACAUAUAGCACCAGUGAUAAAGAAAGCAACUUUUGUUACCGCUGUGGAGAAAAUGGGCAUUUUGCUAGUAAGAGUGGAAAUGCCGCAAACCAGGCCAAGGUUAUCCAGAGGUUCAUUCAGUCACGGAAAAAGCCCAAACGACGGGAGUCAUAUCCCAAACCCACUGAUGGAGGUGAUACUGUGUGUUCAGUUAAGAGGAGUAAAGUAGUCAUGCUAGAGGACAGAGGGAUCCCUAAAGGUUUGAUAGGUCUAUCUAAUGUAGAGCAAGUCAGAGUGCACUGA